CUUUUUACGUUGACGUGUGUACGUCGGGCGUGCUUUAGGUAUAAUUAGAAUUUAUAUUUUUUAAUAUGUCUCUCAUUAAAAAGAAAAAGCAUGUCUCCAAAAAGAAUAAGAAAGCCUGGCGUAAGCACUGUGAUAUCAAGGAUGUUGAGGACUUUCUGGAAGAUCAGCGCUUAGAAGAAAGGCUUGGUAAAUUUGAAACCAAAAAAGACUCAGAACUGUUUGUGGUGGACACAGUGGGUGAGGAGAAGCCUGAGGUGGUUGAUGUGAAGCCGCUGACACUAAAACAGAAAAAAAGAGCUCUCCUCCCGCAGACACCUAAAUGUUAUGAAGUCUUACUUCCUACUUCUAAGGUCCAAGAUCCGAAUGCCAAACGCAACCAUGUCAAUCCAGUGGGCACAAAACCAACAGCUUUGAGUAAACUAUCUCUAAAGAAACAAUUUGAAAAGGGAGCUUAUUUGAAGAAAGUUGAGUUAGCUCGUAAGAAUAGAAGAAUUGUAAGAGAUAAGAAGAGAAGGAUAAAAGAAAUAAGAAACACAUUUGAUAAAAAUAUAUGGGGUGAGGAUGUGCCGGAGGUUAAAGGCAUUCCGUCUACUUUAUGCGAUGACUUCAUAUCAACGGAGGCUCAGUUACACAAUGUUUUACCUGAGCAACGUUUACGUCCUAAGCCAGCACCUCCCAAGACUCUGGUCACCAGGCCCGCUGUUGUCACUCCGCAUCCUGGUGUCAGCUACAACCCUUCAUAUCAGGAGCAUCAAGAUUUGCUGCAGCAGGUGGUACAACACGAGGAGAAGCUGAUGAAGAAGGAGGCGCAUCUGCACCGCGUUACCACCAGCUUGUUCAGUAGACUCACACCACAUGAGAAAGAGAAUCAAUGGCGUGAGGAAAUGAGUGAGGGGUUGCCGAAGCCACACAACCCUGCAAACUCACCCUCUACACCCUCGGAUAAUGACACAGACAAUGAGUACAAGGCGAUCAAUCCUCCCGUUAAAAACAAGAAGAAAGACCACAAGGCGAGGAGGAAACAGAAGGAGAGGAUAGCAGAGAGGGAGAGAUUGAAGAGGGAGAAGAUUGACAAGAAGAAGAUCACUGAUAUUUACAAGCUACGGAAGCUACAAACAUUGAUAUCAGGUAAAGAGAAGCGUGAAGAAGCGCUGCGUGUGAAGCGCGCAGCUCGCCGCGCCCUGCUCGCCGCCACCGCCCCGCCAGCACUCAGCGCUCACAGGACUCCCGCACCACAACCUGACCUGGUGGAGCCUGCACAGCUCUCCGGAGACCUCAGGAACAUCUCCUCCACUGUUAAUCUUCUCCGUGAUCGUUUUGAGUCGUUACAACAACGUGGUGCUCUCGCAGCAUCCAAGCUGAUGAUGACUAAGAGGAAGAGAUUGAAGGCUUACUUCAAGCCAGGACACAAGGUCACCGACCAGGAUGUUGAAAACUAUCUGAAGAAAAAGAUGGUGAAGAAAACAACAAAGAAGGCAGUUGUCACUAAAUGACAGCUCAGAUAUAUAAAUAAUAAAUAAAGUUA